AAAGACAUUCACUUGCUCAAGCUCAAGCAAAAAGGUUCUUCAAGCUCAAGCAAAACUCCUGCAAAAGCAAUUGAAAUUUAAAAAAAAACAUAUCAAUUCAACUUCUUUUGAAAGAGUUUAAUUAAAUAUUUGGACGAAAAUGAUUGGCAUUAAAAUCUGUUUGUUAUUGUCAACUGUUCUGUUCGCAACAGGCGCAAUUGUUGGAUUUUUACCAAAACCACAAUUGGACGGAAGAAUCGUUGGCGGAUUCCCAAUUGAAAUCUCACAGGUGCCAUGGCAGGUAUCACUUCAAACCCGUGGAUCACAUUUCUGCGGUGGUUCAAUCAUUUCUGAGAAAUGGGUGUUGACUGCAGCACAUUGUACAGACGCUGUCCCAGAUUCUGAAAACAUCCUCGUCCGUCUUGGGACCAGUGAGUAUGCAAAAGGUGGUGCAGUCCAUAAAGUGAAACGCAUCGUUCAACACAAGAAAUACGAUGGAAGAACUAUUGACUAUGAUUACUCAUUGCUUGAGCUCGAAGAUGGCAUUGAAUUCAACGAUCAAGUUAAGCCAGUUGCAUUGGCUGAUGCCCAAGAAAAAAUGAGCGACAACACAACCUGUUUGGUGACCGGUUGGGGUGACACUAAAUCAGCUGAAUCACGCCACAAGCUUCGAGGCGCCGAAGUUCCCAUUGUCAACCAAGAAAAAUGCGAAAAAGCCUACAAACGUCAUGGUGGAAUCACCGCACGCAUGUUGUGCGCCGGUUUCGACCAAGGAGGAAAAGACGCUUGCCAAGGUGAUUCAGGUGGUCCACUUGUUGCAUUCGACGACAACAACGAGAAUGCCGUUCUGGUGGGCGUUGUUUCAUGGGGUUAUGGUUGCGCUAGACCAGAUUUUCCAGGUGUAUACAGCCGUGUCCAAGUCGCCCGUGACUGGAUCUUCGAAAACGCUGGUCUCUAGAUAUCCGAUUUUGUGUGAUGCAUUUUGUUGGUUAAAAUUUAACCGUUGCACAAAUUGCGGAAAAUAUUGUUAAGAAACCGAAAAAAAAACUAAUAAAGCUGACUCAUAUUAAUUUAAAUAAA